AUGACCGACGGUACGAGGCAGAUGGCUCAGGCAGCCUAUGAGGCUGCGCAGGAUGCGGAGGGCGUCCACACUCGGUUGUUGCGAGCAGAGGAUGCUGGGCCCGACGAUCUCCUCAACGCGUCCGGCUACAUCUUCGCGACUCCUGAGAACCUUGCAGCAAUCGCAGGUGUAUUCAAAGCCUUUAUCGAUCGCACCUACUACCCCGUUCUCGGCAAAGCCAAUGGCCGACCGUACGCAGCGAUGAUCUGCGCCGGGAGUGAUGGAGAGAACGCCUUGCGUCAACUUGAUCGCGUCGCCAAAGGAUGGCGCCUGAAGAUGAUUGCACCUGGCACCAUCGUUUGCACGCACGCCCAGACACCAGAGCGAAUCUAUGCCACCAAGAAGAUCGGACCAGAAGACCUCGCCCGCUGUGCCGAAAUCGGUCAAGCGAUGGCGGAGGGCCUCUCGCUCGGAGUCUUCUAA